UUAUGGCACAUAAAUUAAAGUAAUGAAAUGCUUUCAAUACUAAAAUAAUAUGAUGAUGGGUCCCACCUCCCACACUUUUUGACUUGAAAAUACAACGUUCCAAAAACAUGAGUUAGCCGUUUUAGCAGUGAGAGAAAAAGCUCCAUUGAUGUAACUCUAAAAAAAAACUUCUCCCAAUUACCUCAACCGCACCCUAAUUUUGCAGAAUUAGGCUCCGAGAAAUCAACUUGAAUUCUCAUCCAUGGCGGAUUUCUCUUUUCUUUCUGAUAGCGACAAUGAAAAAGCGGUAGAAGAGCUUCUAUCACAAGCAAUGGAUCAAUCUGUUCUUGAACAAGUUGCUGCCAUUAAUUGCUCUGGUUUUACUGACUCUGUACUCCCCACUCAGCUCGAAACUCGUUUUCGGAAACUCAAAUCCCUUCCUGCUGCUCCGGCAACUUCCAAACCCUCCGCUGUCGCAAGAAAUUCCAGGAGUUUCGGUUCCUCGGAGUUCCCUAAAACGAAGAAAAUUGAUGAUGAAAAUGAGAAAAUUGAAGGAAGUCCAGUUGAGGAGAAAGGUUCUAAGGUGAAAUUGGAAGAUGAGUUUGUUGAAAAACAGAGGAAAUCAACGUCAAUUGAAAAUGAUGUUUUCUCAAAAAUCACAAAUGGGAAAAGAGGGAAAAGAUCUUCUUCACCUGGGCCAAUAUCAUCUCCAUCGGAUUCUACUAAGGAUUGUUCGUCUCCGCCAGUGAAAACUGGGUGUUUUUGGUGUUCACCUAAGAAGGGGUUUAGUAAAAAGGGGAAAGAGAAUAAGGGUGUGAGUAUGGAGCUGAAAUGGGGGAAGGAUGAUGAGUUAUUAUCGGACUUGAGUAUAUUCUCAUCGAAAAAUCAAGAGAAGUUGAUGAAGAAAGCUAUGGUGGAGCAAGAGAAGAUUAACAGAGAAGCUGAGAAGAUUGUUAAGUGGGCAAAACAAGCAUCUGCUAGGAUGGAUGUUUCUAGCAUUGAAGAUGAACUAAGUGAUGAGGACACUUUCAAAUGAAUCUAUAAGAGAUCAUUGAUUAAAAAAAGAAUAACUGACGCUAAGGUGGAAUAAAUCAACGAAGCCGAAUAACCAAGCUGAACUGGAAUCCGGUAUUCAGGAGUAAAUUUCAGAAUUUUGGUAAACGGUACUACAUAAUAGACAAGUACCUAAUUUUAUCAGCCUUUGAGCACGAACAUCAAUUCACCAGUACUGCCAAUAAGGACAUUCUAUAGCUCAGAGUAUUGAAGGAAUGCUCUUAACCAGUGCCUCCUUUCUCCUUUUUAAUGCUACACUUCGUCUUUAAGUAUACAGGAAGAGUGAGUAAACUCCUUGUAUUAAUGAAAGAAUUCUAUGCUUCAGGGAAACAACUCAAGAACAAAUUUUCAUGCUUCAGGCAAACAAUUCAGGAACAAUUGUCAAAGCUGGUUACCUACAUCCUUAA